CUAGACAGACUCAUAACGACUAUGGCGACACGUUUGUUUGAUAUUACAUUGGCAAACAUUUUGGUUCUGAUUCUUCUCAUUGCUCAGGUGCAUUUGGUUCAUUCUCAGGAUGUCCAAUGGCCCAUUCACACCGUGUGCAACUCAGAAAGACUUACAAUAACCUACAGGAGCUGUGACCCUUUACAGGAUGUGGGCUUCACAUUGCUCCCUUGCCCUAACAAAUUAACAGAUCCAAUAAAAAUCAGAUUGGCUUUAAUUCUAAGGCAGUCUGUCCAUGAAUUAUAUUCAUCAGCUGUGCUUUUGCUAAAUGGCUAUGAAAUGUUGACGUGGAACGAACCCCUCUGUCUUCCUCAUUUCCAACGUUUCACAUUUUGUGGAAGCAGAAGAGGAGAAAUUAUGACGCUUGAUUCAUCAUUUCAGUUAAAAACAGACAUUCCUCUAAAGGGUUAUUUUACUUUACUGCUGAAUGCAAUAAAUCAAGAUGGCUUCCAGAUUGCAUGUGUGAAUGCAACUCUCAGCUUCAAGUGAGACCAGAGGGCCUGUUCUUAAGUGCAAAUGUUCCUUUAUUAUUGGUAAUCAUUAUAGUAGCCUAAUAAAAGUAAUAAAACUUUUGCAGACAUUGAUCAUUUUGUUGGCUGUUAUUAAACCAUUUUAGGUCAAUAUAAGGAUAAUUUAUGAACUUUACAUAAUUCUUUACGGCAGCUUUAUGAGUCUACUCUCUAAAAAUGAACAAAUGAACCUGCAAUGAACAAAUGCCUCCAUGAUUUUUUCAUGCCAAUCAUAAAGUUUUAGUAAAAAUUAUCAAAUGAUUCCAGACUAGAUAAAAUCAACAUUUUUUUUCAUUGUAAUGAAUAGAUAAAUAAUGACUAAAUAAAUAAA